AACCCGGGCUCCCGCCCCGCCCAUCCAGCUCGCCCGCCUGUCUGUGCCGGAGGCGGCGGCGGCUGCCUAGUGACAGCGGCGGCGGCACCAGGCCAGCCGGAGCAGCGUAGGGUGGUGCGGCCCGGAAACGCACACCCGGACAAAGGGCGGCGUGGCGCGAGGAAGACCCGACCCGGGUCGCGCGUGAGGGGACCUCGCGGGCGCGGGGCGAGAGGCCGGAGUGAGGGAGCACCCAGGCGGUGGCCGCCGGCGGCCCGGUCCCGCCUGCCGCCGCCGGCAUGAGCCACAUCCAGAUCCCGCCCGGGCUCACAGAGCUGCUGCAGGGCUACACCGUGGAGGUGUUGCGGCAGCAGCCGCCCGACCUCGUCGACUUCGCGGUGAACUACUUCACCCGCCUGCGCGAGGCCCGCUCCAGAGCUUCCACCCCGCCCGCCGCCCCUCCUUCCGGCUCCCAGGGUCUAGGGCCCGGCCCUGGCCUUGUCGCCGAUGCGAUCACGGACAGCGAGUCGGAAGACGAAGAGGACUUGGACGUUCCAGUUCCUAACAGAUUUGAUCGGCGAGUAUCAGUCUGUGCUGAGACCUAUAACCCUGAUGAGGAAGAGGAGGAUACUGAUCCAAGGGUGAUUCAUCCUAAAACUGAUCAACAGAGGUGCAGACUUCAGGAAGCUUGCAAAGAUAUUCUUCUUUUCAAAAAUCUUGAUCAGGAACAGCUUUCUCAAGUCCUCGAUGCCAUGUUUGAAAGGACAGUCAAAGUUGAUGAGCAUGUCAUUGACCAAGGAGAUGAUGGGGACAACUUUUAUGUCAUUGAACGGGGAACCUAUGAUAUUUUAGUAACAAAAGAUAAUCAAACCCGCUGUGUUGGUCAGUAUGACAACCAUGGCAGUUUUGGAGAACUAGCUCUGAUGUACAACACCCCGAGAGCUGCUACCAUUGUCGCCACUUCAGAAGGCUCCCUUUGGGGACUGGACCGUGUGACGUUUAGAAGAAUCAUAGUGAAAAAUAAUGCAAAAAAGAGGAAGAUGUUUGAAUCAUUUAUUGAAUCUGUGCUGCUUCUUAAAUCACUAGAGGUGUCAGAACGAAUGAAGAUUGUGGAUGUAAUAGGAGAAAAGGUCUAUAAGGAUGGAGAGCGCAUAAUCACUCAGGGUGAAAAGGCUGAUAGCUUUUACAUCAUAGAGUCCGGCGAAGUGAGCAUCUUGAUUAAAAGCAAGACUAAAGCAAACAAGGAUGGUGGGAACCAGGAGGUCGAGAUUGCCCGCUGCCAUAAGGGGCAGUACUUUGGAGAGCUUGCACUGGUCACCAACAAACCCAGAGCUGCUUCGGCUUAUGCAGUGGGAGAUGUGAAAUGCUUAGUUAUGGAUGUACAAGCAUUUGAGAGGCUUCUGGGGCCCUGCAUGGACAUCAUGAAGAGGAACAUCUCACACUACGAGGAACAGCUGGUGAAGAUGUUCGGCUCCAGCAUGGAUCUGAUAGAUCCUGGGCAGUAGGUGUGCCACACCCCAGAGCCUUCUCAGUGUGACCCCAAAACCUUCUGGUCAGCCACAGAACACAAACAGAAAAUGUGACAGAACUGUUCCUGCUGUUGCCGCCACCACUGCCAUUGCUAUGGCUGUGGGCGUUUAGAAAACUUGGAAGUCAGCACUAAAGGAUGGGUAGAGGUUCAACCCACACCUCCACUUUGCUUCUGAAAGCCCAUUAUUAGACCACUUGUAAUGAUUACUCCAACCCAGUUUUCACAUCUUUGGUUCAAAAUGGCAUGUCUCUCCAACAAGUUAAGUGCCUGAUACAAAGUCCAAAGUGUAAACAUCUUCCUUUCCUCUCUUGCUGCUACUGUUGCUUUUGGAAGUUACCACAGGUUGGCACAAACCUGUUGUAUUACUGUAGACACCCUCCCCCAACCUUUUAUAGCCUUCCGUUUCCUCAUUUGUCCUUUGAGAAAGUCCACAACUGUAGCCUUUGGUUUUACCAUCAAAAAUGGUGGCAGAUGUGAUGGAGGUCUGUGGUCCUGUGGCGUUGUACUGUCUGCUGACAGUGACACACAUGACAGCUGUCCCCAAACUCUCAGUGAUGCUUAGGGAAAGGGCCUGCCCAGGGCCCAGCAGGUCAGCACCCCAAAGCACACUGAUCAGACAUCGGAACCCACGUUAGAGCAGAAAAUUUGAGUUUAGCACAUUUUACAGGUAGCAGAGAGCCAGGAAAGGUUUUCUGGGUUGGGGGCGGGGGUGUUUUAUUUUGUUUUAGUAGAUUUUGUUUUGUUUAAUCUCUGUGCAGUUUGCAUGAGUGAAUUGCUGUCCAUUUAUAAGGAGCUGGGGUCUGGGAGUGCCAUGACUGUAUCUGAUCUAAAUACUUUCCUGGGCAACUCCUGCCCAUCUCUUAUUACCAGUUGCUCUUACUGACUGAUGGCAGUGUGCUGGCGAAGAGAGACCUUUCCCUCUACACCAGAGUUGUUAUGUAGCUUUGCUUGUUGAACCAUCAAUUUUUAAACUCUUUAAAGAAGAAGCAGCUAUUUUUUUGAAAAAAAAAAAACAACUCUCUAUUUAGAGAAUUCCCCUGGACAUAUUCAUAUAUAUCAGUUUGUCAGCUGACUCAGGCAUUCAUCUUAAAGAUCAGCUCUUUUUGUUAGCUUUUUUAAAUCAGCAUCAUUUACAAUUUCAUAGAAUUACUGCAAAGACCUUUCUAAUUAAGAUGUUGGGAUAUUUAGGGUUCCAGUUGUUAAUCUCAGAGGAAAGUAAUUUAGCUUGUAUUUUAAAACUUUUUAAACCUUUUGAUUAUAUCAGGUAGAAUUCUAAUGAAUUAUUGUAAUUAACUAGAUAUAUUUCAGAAUGAAAUUUUUUUUCUUCAGAAUAACCUAGAAUCAGAUGCUACAAAAGAUCCUAAGAGCAGUAUGAAAUUUACCUAAAGAUAAAUUUGGAUGUCAUAGCCAAGUUUAUAUUAAAUCAAGAGGCCCUUUCCAAUAUGAAUUUUUUUAACUUGUAUAUCUCAAUAAAUCCCUAAGUGAUUACAUGCUGGGGCUUGAGUCAUUCCUGUUGUAGACAGUGAUGGAGACCAUAUGGUCACCUUCCAUUGUCCUCCUAAGCCAGGCUGUCUGCUUUUGCCAUGAACAGUAUGGUCAAGAGAUUUUCAGAGUGGUGACCCAUCACAACCUUGGUCAAUUCUCCCUUUUUCUUGUGCUCCAUGAAGUGAAAGCAGAAGGACUCUUUCAGACUGCCCUAGGUAGCCUGCCUUGCAGCUCUCAGAAUUGUGAAACAUUGUAACUAAUACUCCAAAACAGGCAGCUAGCACUGGGAAAGCCUGUGUGGUUUUUCCCAUGGUUUUCUGAGGUUCUUAUUUUCUAUGGUGUUGCUUUAUUAUCAAAUAUAAAUUACGAAAGCAGAUAUUGCACUUUAGCAGACAAGAACCAUACCUGUUUCUUACACAGGUAACAGGUACAUUCAACUUCAGGAGUGACACAGAGGUGUAGCCCCAGACUGUGUAAGGACUCUGUUUAAACACUGAGCGGGGGAACUUCCCUGGUGGUCCAGUGGAUAAGACUCCCCGCUCCCAGUACAGGGAACCCGGGUUCAAUCCCUGGUCAGGGAACUAGAUCCCACAUGCAUGCCACAACUAAGAGUUUGCAUUCUGCAACUAAGGAGCUGGCGAGCCACAACUAAGGAGCCUGCCUGCCUCAACUAAGACCCAGCGCAACCAAAUAAAAUAAAUAAAUAUUUUUAAAACAAAAAUAAAAAUAAAUAAAUAAACAAACAGAGUGGAUGCUCCCUUACACCCCGCAUGCCAGCAUUAGUUAGGGCCAGCUGUGAACUCCGAGCCAGUCACUCGCGCAGGCUGCUAGGGAUGGGACUUCCCACCUUGCCCUCUUUCACAUCCCAGUUCAAUCUUCCCCUUCAUAGAAGCCUCUUUGACACCCCGAACUUACUGAUGCUUUCUGUUUUACAAAGUAGAAUUCAUCAGGUUUAAGUCUUCCUGCUCUAACUGCGGAUUGACAUAGGGAUUAUCAGUCCAGACCCUCACUGCAUAUAGGGCCCCUUGAGGGUCUGACUUGAGGAAGGGAGACUUUACAGGGACCAAUGUGAGUGAAAAGGACACAGCCAUUACCAAGGUGCCAGGAGUCUGACAGUGUUGCAAUUCUCUUUACAGCAUGAGGAAUCGAAGGUGGCAGACCAAGUUCAACUCAGGACUCUGGUGUCCACAUUGUGCUGGGCAAGCCCUGCACUGAGAGUUGAGCCUCACAGGGAGGAGCAUGUGUUGGGAAGAGGUCUUUUUGAUAAUUGUUUUAUACUGUCCUCUUCUAUGAUGGGUUCGAGCUUCAUGAUCUCUUUUCUGGCUUUGCUAUUGAUUUUGCAUGGUGGAGAAUGUACCUGAGAGCCUUGAGGUUCAACCUGCAGUAUUAUUCUUCCUGCUGGCCCCAGUUUAUCACACCCCCCUUUCUUCUUUUGGUUGUAUUCUCUGAAGGAAGGGUUCAUCUGCUCUGUCCUCUUAGUCCAUAGUCCUUAUAUAUAAAUAUGUUAUGUAUAAUUGCAGUAGAUUCUCAGAAAUCAGGGUGGAGCUUUUUCUUUGAACAGUUUAAUGAGCGAAUUCAGCAGCAAAGUGUCAAGAAAUUAUUCUCCAGCCAGGAGAGGUCAUGUUCAUCCUCUUAUUGCCCAGACUCUCUAGUCACAACGGUACAGUAGUCAGUGAGAGGUGCCACUGGCACCCAACAGUCCCUGGACACACAGCAUUUCCAUGUCCUGUCACAGUGUACAAACAAUUCUCUCAUUUAGGAAAAUUGAAUGAGCAUUUUUGCACAGAGAAAAAGGAAAAAGACCCAUGAAUGUCUUCUUCUAUAUUUUGUUUUCAGUUGGCUAAUGUUGAAUUUUUUGUUCUUGACAUGCACUUGUAAACCAAUCUUGCCAAGAUACAAGUUGUUUUGGUUUUUCACUACAAUUACCUCUUGUUCCUCCUGUCCUGACUGCUGACGUUCCUCAAUGAUUCUAAUGUCUAUUUUAUGGGAAGCAGCCUUCCCAUGGGUUUCCUUUUACACACUGCAGGGCUAUCUUUAUACUUCUAAAAAAAGGAGAAAACUGUCACUAAACUCAUGGGGGAUUUGCAGAAAACCAUUUAGCCCACCUUGAGCAAAAGGUAGAUUCCUCAUUGUUUUCCUAAGCUCACUGUAAUAAAAGAAAUCUAAUUCAGCAUUAUUGUGCUACCUCAAAGGUAAAAAUGUUUUAAGGUGUUUUUGGUCCUGAGUUCUACACAUAGUGUUUGAAAUGUCUUUCAGUUGGAAUUAUUUUUAAAUCAUUGGGGAGAAUCUUAUUUUAACCUGUUUUACACUUGUAUUUUAAUCUCAGAAGAAUAAGUGAUUAGAAGGUGAUCAAUUCUUGCUCUGUAGUAUUGAACAUAUUAAAUCAUUGUUUUCCAUAAACAAGGUUGGGUUUUUUAAAAGGAAACUCUAGGGCUCAGCUUUGCUCUUGGUUAAUAAAGGCUGACAAAUCAUAUCUGAA